CCGAUAACACUAUGCGGAAAUUUUAAAUUAUGGAAAGUGGAAAAGGCGGAGAAAACUGAUGCCUUGGCCAGAACACAGCGAGAAGUCCAUCGAUGCAGCAGCGGUCACUCUUGCGCCAGGAAUCUGGAUCUUCCAGGCCCUCCUCCCCCUGUAAACCGCAUCUGGUCCCUCCCUCCUCUUUCCAUCUGAACAUUUGGGAUCUUCCCGGAGAAUCGGUCAAAUCCGCUGCAAGUGCUCGAUCGAUUGUGUGUGUAUGUUCACGUCCAGCAGUUGGCAGCAGUAGACCUAACAAUCCAUUCCCGAGCGCCAGAUUUAUACCCAACGGUCACAGAUUGUCAGUGGGUGGGCAGCUUCCGGUACUUUCUCGAUUGAUUUGCCGUCGUCGCCGGCUGUGGAGGGCAAAUGCCGCAGGAGACAAGAAGAAGGAGGUGAGCUUGGGAAAUGCGAAUCUGUGUCAUGGAUGCCAGAGCAAUGCUGGAGGAGUCUAAUUUUACAGGUAUUUUAUCCAAGUCAAGGUCUUGACUGUAGGGUGCCACUGAUUCAAAGGCGCUGGGCUGGGCUGGCCAAAGCUGGAGAGUGUAGAAGAGAGAAGGACGACGGGAUGAAAAUGACUACUCCAUGGGAGAAAUUCCAAGGUAGUCUGGAAAUUCCGGCUGAUUCAGGAGGAGCUUCUGGGUUCGAAUCGUUACCGUUGACUCCUCCACGGACUGUCAAGGACCAGGACGAGUCCCAGUCCGCUUCUCCUCGUUUUGCUUCUUUGCCACCUAUUCGUACCGAGAGAACUUUUUCCUUUAAUCAAGGAGGGACAGCAAUUCCAUCUCCAUUGGGAGCUCCUGCGUUUCCAAAUCAAGGGGGUGGAGACUACAGGUAUUCCAGGGUUCUUCCAAGCUCGCCAUCACCAGUAGUUACUGCUGAACGAGAGUACAGGGGUGCUCUUUCUCGUAACUCAUCAUUCAAUUAUUCGUCGGACAAACUCAACCGAUCUCCUCAUGCCAGUGACAAGCCUCCCAUUCCUAUUUUUACCAGAACUCAUUCCUCGAAGACAACACUUUCGAGGACUUUGUCCAUGUCCAAGGAUUCCUUGGCGCCCAAUUCACUCAAUCGAUUGCUAUCUCUGGAGAAAGGGGAAAAUUGGAAAUGGUCUCCGAACAGUGAUGAUGUGAGCAGGGAUGACCUCUAUGUGAGCAAUGAGAUGGAAUAUGAAAUGGCAUCGAAUAAGAGUCACCAGGAUGCCUCUUCGUUGACUAUAGGCAAGAUUUUGAAGUAUGGAAGUUCUUCAACGAAGAAAUUGUUCGUGUUGAUUAUCUUGAAUUUUGCCUACUCCGCAACGGAGUUCCUCAUUGGUCUUUUCACGAGCCAGAUAGGACUCGUCUCGGAUUCGUUUCAUCUGACAUUUGGCUGCGGAGUGCUUACUUUUUCUUUAGUGGCCAUGGUCCUAUCAAAGAAUUCUCCUGAUAGCAUAUACACUUAUGGUUAUAAGAGGUUGGAAGUACUCGCCGGAUUUACAAAUGCUCUCUUUCUAUUAUUUUUAUCCUUCUCCCUCGCCGUGGAGGCGCUCCAUGCAUUUGUACAAGACGAGUCGGAACACAAACACUAUUUGAUAAUAUCGGCGGUGGCCAAUCUGACCGUGAAUCUCAUAGGAGUGUGGUUCUUCCGCAGUUAUGCUCGCGUUCGUGUUGUCUACAGGAAAGCUGAAGACAUUAACAAUCAUUCAAUCUGCUUGCACGUCCUUUCUGACUCUAUUCGAAGUGCUGGAGUAGUCUUGGCUUCAUGGCUCUUGACACUCGGUGUCAAGUACGCAGAAACAUUAUGUCUGGGUUUAGUGGCAGUUGCUGUCUUCUCAACUACCAUGCCACUUUUCGUGGCAUCCGGGGGAGUCCUGCUACAGAUGGCACCCUCAGGAGUUUCUCCUUCUGCUCUCAUGAAGUGUCAAAGACAGAUUUUGCUGUUGGACGAGGUAGUGGAUUGUUACAAGGCUCGGUUUUGGGAUAUUGUUCCGGGUGGGGUGGUUGGCACCUUAGUCAUUCAGGUCAAGCCUGGUGCCGACGAACAGAAGAUUUUGAAGCAUGUUCACAGUGUUUUCAAUGACAUUGGUGUCAAGGAUUUGACUGUUCAAAUAGAGAGCUCCAAUCAUGAUGAAGCUAUUCCUAGAACAUAAUAUCAAGAUAUCAUCAACUCCCUGCCAUUAACAGACUUUACCAUCAAGAUAAUCAAUAAUAGAGAAGAUUAUCUUCUUAGACAUCAUGUGUCGACCAUCAUAUUUUUUGACCAGGUUGUAUCGUUAAGCCUCAAUGCUUCUCAGUUACAUGCCCGAGCUUAUUGCCUUCACAAUUUACUAGCAAAUGAAGCAACACAUCUGGUAGGCGCGCCUAUAGAGCAUAAUGCUUGUCACAAUGCCUUACUAAGCAGAUGCAAUUUCCUCUGUUGUACUCGAAAUGAGAUUUUUAAUUUGAAUCACCAAACCUCUAGGAGGGUCGGUUCGACCUGGCUCCUUUUACGUUGCCUGGAUUUGGCCUGGCACAGUCUUGAGGUGG